AUGACAUCCAACGAGACCGAAUUCGUGGGCUGGACACCAUCGCCAGAUGGACGAGGCACAUACGAUAUAAUAUUCACAUGUCUAGUUACAACAUUCCUCUGCUGUUGGACUUCUGUCUAUCCUAAUAUUCCUGCACCCGGAGAUGGUCUUUGGGCGUCUAUUAGGGAUAGGCUUGGGCUUGCUUGUAUGGGAUUGCUUGGGCCCGAGUUUAUUAUAGUGUUGGCUAUUGGACAGAAGUCUUCCGCAAGAAGAUCAGUUGCUAAAUUCCAUUCGAAAGGACAUACGAAAUGGAGUAUUACGCAUGGCUUCUUUGCUGAUAUGGGCGGAUUUGUCCUUGAAGCCGACGAUCUCGAACGUCCGGUACCGCUCAACGCAGAACAAUUAUUCUAUUUAGUUAAGGAACGCUACAUUGAGUGUCCGAAUAUUACUGAGAAAGAACUCCGGGACAGAAAUAAAUCUGAUGGAUUCGCAAGACUAGUUACUAUAUGGCAAGCAACAUGGUUCAUUAUCACCUUUAUAGCACGACUGAUCCAGGGACUUCAUGUAACCACCAUGGAGCUCACUGCAGUUUCGUUCGUGGUUAUUCUUUUUGGAACAGCGUGGUGUUGGAAGGAUAAACCAUCCGACGUAGGCACAACUAUUCCCCUUAAAAGUCAUGUCAGGAUGGAGGAUAUCAUUAGAAGUGCGGGACGUCAACCAGAGCAACCAUACUAUCAAACACCCCUAGACUUCAUAAGCAGAGACGAAACAGCCUUGAACCUCGCAUGGCAAUACUACAACGAACUCUCCCGCAAACUCCUCUUCUCGCCCUUCUCCCGCCGCGUCGAAAAGGUACCCUGGGAUAGAAACCCCGGCGACAUAUUCCUUCGCAUGGACUUCGAUCUCGAACUAGUCGGUGUCGCCUUCAUCCUCGUCUUCAGCGCCGUCUUCCUUACAGCAUGGAAUAUCCCUUUCCCGAGCGCAGUAGAAAGAGACUUUUGGCGCGCGGCUAGUAUCUAUAUGCUAGUAUAUGGCUUUGUUGGCGCGGCUUGGAUGGAAUUCGCCAUGUGGAUCUUCGUGCCGCAGGAUCGUCUCUAUCAAGGCUUAGAACCGAGUUUUGUUGAAAGGGAAAAUGCGGACAGAUCACAUCCAAUUCGGGAUUUCUACUUCAAGGUACAAGAAUGGCUCAAAAAUCGAAAGAGUAGGGCGACAAGGAGUAUGGAUCUUGAUCAGGAUAGUCUUGUGCCGCGGCGGAAGAAGGGAGGUGUUUUCGCAUUUUUGAGCAGAUCGCAUAACAUAUCACACGAGAAGGAUCCGUAUAUGGGCGUUCAGGUUGGGUUUAUCAUUGUUACGUCUGUUUUAGAAGUGCCUGUCAACAUGUCUUCGGAUAUCAACGUUGGGAAGAAACCUCGUGUAGUGUCUUUGGGAAGGCCCGAGUUUAUCGACACUGAAUACAUCCAAGACUUCCAAAAAGACUUUGAUUAUGAUUUCCUUGACGUUCGAAACCACCAAGAAGCUCUUGAGAAGCUACCACUCAUGCUCGAACAACACGGCCCUAUAGACGCCUUCAUCAUUCGUAUGGGCCGACCUCCCUAUCGUCCGUUCGAUAAGAUCUUCAAACUUCUCACCCCACACUGCAAAAUCAUCGCCUCAGCAGCAGCCGGCUACGAUGAUCUGGCCGUCAACUGGUGUACUGAGCAAGGAAUCUGGCUUUGCAACAGCGUUGAUGCCGUUGCUGAAGCCACCGCGGAUAUGGCUUUCUUUCUAACUCUAGCUGUCAUCCGAGAUACCUAUCGUGGCGAACGCUCUCUACGAGAGGGCAACUGGAGAGGGCCUGUCGUACCGAGUAGAGAUCCUUGGGGUAUGACACUGGGCAUCGUCGGAAUGGGCGCUAUUGGGAAGUGUCUCGCGAAGAGAGCUAUUGCCUUCAACAUGAAGAUCAAAUACUUCAACCGUCGACAAUUAAGUGCUGAAGAUGAAGCAAAGUAUAAAGCUACAUACUGCCCGACCUUGCACGAGCUACUGGCCCAGUCAGAUGUAGUCUCGAUCAACUGUCCUCUCACGAGAGAAACUGAGAACCUGAUUUCUACUGAAGAGUUCAAGAUGAUGAAGGAUGGUGCUUUUCUUGUCAACACCGCACGCGGAGCCAUCGUCGAUGAAACUGCUCUUAUCGAUGCUUUGGAAAGUGGGAAGAUCACGCGGGCCGGACUAGAUGUCUUUUUGCAGGAGCCUGGCUUGAAUGAUUAUUUCAAGACGAGUGAAAAGGUAGUCAUACAGCCUCAUGUCGCUGGCUUGACGGAUCUGGCUUUUCAGAGGGGAGAGAAAGAGGCUUUUGAGAAUAUCAAGGCGUUAUUCAAGAAUGGGUCGCCUAUAUCUCCUGUUAAUUUCUCAAAGAAGUAG